GCAAAAGCAAGCCGCGCGUCGCAGUGCAUCAGCCUCGCACGCCGCCAUGGAGUCCGUCGUCGCGUCCCUGACGGACCCGGAGCGUCCGACGUUCCUCCACGGCAUGACGCCGCCGCUGGACAGCACGUCCGUGGGCGACGCGCAGGUCAUCGCGGACAAGUUCAUCGCGCGGUCGCGGAACCUCGCGAGCGACGGCUUCAUCGUCUACGACAUCCAGGACGAGCCGAGCCGGUCGGGCGCGUCGCGGCCCUUCCCCUUCCGCCAGCUCAUGGACUCGAGCACCUACGCCGCGCUCGUGUCGCGGUCGAGCGGCAAGCCCUGCGUCGUCUACAAGUGCUGCGACGACGAAAACUUCGAGCAGUGGCUCGAAACGGCCGCGGACCAGCACGGCCACGACGCCAUCAACGUCGUCGGCCGCCCCUCCGCCGACGCGCCGCCCAAGGGCCCGUCGAUGCGCGAGGCCAUGGCCUUGGUCAACGCCUCGAAGGCCGCCUUCGGCUGCGUCUGCAUCCCCGAGCGCCACACGGACGACUACGCGAAGAGCCGGGGCAAGGCCGCGCCGGGCGAGCACGAGAACAUGCUCCGCAAGCACAAAGCGGGCGCGCAAUGGUUCAUCUCCCAGGCGGUCUACGACGCGGGGCCGACGAUCCGGCUCCUGCGCGACUACGGCGCCGCGUGCCGGGCCCGGGGCCUGGCGCCGCGCAAGGUCGUGCUCACCUUCGCGCCCUGCGGCCGCGCGAAGACCAUGGUCUUCCUCAAGUGGCUCGGCGUCCGCGUGCCCGAGGACGCGGAGAAGCGCAUCCUGGACGCGGAGUCGCCCGUCGACGAGUCGGUGACUUUGCUCUGCGAGCUCUUCUCGGAGAUCCUCGACAAGACGCGCGGCUGCGGCGUGCCCCUCGGCGUCUCCGUGGAGAGCGUGUCCAUCUUCAAGAAGGAGAUCGAGGCCGUCCACGACCUCUUCCGCAAGACGCAGGCCAUCGCGCUCGACCACCGCGGCAAGGCCUGGAAGGUCACGUGGUCCGAGGCGAGCGCCGCGCCCGCGGCACCCGCGCCCGCGGCCGCGCCGGCGGCGUCCCCCGCCGUCGCGCUCGCCGCGGCCGCGCUCGCCGUCUCCGUCGCCUGCCUCCUCAUCGUCGUCGCGAAGCUCCCCUAGGAAACCUCCCAUCGUAAUCUGUAAGCUACCCCUC